GCUCUUCAGGCACACGCACCCGCCCACGCACGCUCGCUAUCUGGACUCCCAGCGUGACGUAUACCCUGGCGCCCGGUUAGCUAGCUGCUAAGCUAGUUAGCUAGUUGUUGUUACUAGAUCGUUAACAUCAUACACAUCACUCGGUUAACGUUUGUUGUCGGCUUUGGCAAUGGACGACGACAGCUACCCCAAAACCCUGUAUGUGGGAAACCUCUCCAAGGAUGUAACAGAGAUUUUGAUUCUGCAGCUCUUCACCCAGAUCGGGCCUUGCAAAAGCUGUAAAAUGAUCACAGAGCAUACAAGCAAUGAUCCCUAUUGCUUUGUGGAGUUCUAUGAACACAGAGAUGCUGCUGCAGCCCUUGCAGCCAUGAAUGGGAGGAAGAUAUUGGGAAAGGAGGUCAAAGUAAACUGGGCCACUACUCCAAGUAGCCAAAAGAAAGACACUUCCAAUCACUUCCAUGUAUUUGUGGGUGAUUUGAGCCCAGAGAUCACCACCGAUGAUGUCAAGGCUGCCUUUAUACCUUUUGGGAAAAUCUCGGAUGCCCGUGUUGUAAAGGACAUGACGACAGGCAAAUCAAAGGGGUAUGGAUUUGUGUCCUUCUACAACAAACUGGAUGCAGAGAAUGCCAUCCAUAACAUGGGGGGGCAGUGGCUCGGAGGCCGCCAAAUCAGGACCAACUGGGCAACGCGCAAACCACCGGCUCCGAAGAGUGUCCAGGACAAUGGCUCAAAGCAGCUGAGGUUCGAUGACGUCGUGUCUCAAUCCAGUCCACAGAACUGCACCGUGUACUGUGGAGGGAUCCAGUUGGGACUAUCAGAACACCUGAUGCGUCAGACCUUCUCCCUGUUUGGUCAAAUAAUGGAGAUCAGAGUGUUCCCAGAGAAAGGGUACUCCUUCAUCAGGUUUUCCACCCAUGACAGUGCUGCCCAUGCCAUUGUUUCAGUGAACGGCACAGCCAUUGAAGGACACAUAGUGAAGUGCUUCUGGGGGAAAGAAUCUCCUGAUAUGGCAAAAACUCCACCUCAGGUUGAGUACGGUCAGUGGGGGCAGUGGAAUCAAGUCUAUGCGAAUCCACAGCAGCAACCACAGCAACAGCCACAACAACAACAACAGCAACAACAACAACAACAACAACAGCAGCAGCAGCAGCAGCAGCAGCAGCAGCAGCAGCAGCAGCAGCAGCAGCAGUACGGGCAGUAUGUGACCAAUGGCUGGCAAGUUCCCUCCUACAGUGUGUACGGCCAGACGUGGAACCAGCAAGGAUUUGGAGUAGAGCAGUCUCAGUCCCCAGCCUGGGUGGAGGGCUUUGGGUCUCAGUCGGCCCAGGCCGCAGCCCCCCCCGGACAGGUCAUGUCCAACCUGGCCAACUUCAGCAUGGCUGGCUACCAAACGCAGUGAGCUGGCCCCAACAUAAGUGUAGUACCAAGAGGAUGUUGUCAACCCUUUUUAAAACCACACGGCACUCUUUCUAUCUGAACACCUGCUGUAGGAGAAGAAGGGCAGGGGCCAUAUUCACAAAGCCUUUGUAGACACGAGUUGCUCCCUAACAACCAGUUUAAGAAUUGUGUGUAAAUUGUCGGUUUCCAUUUCAAAUUUUUAAAUGUUUAUUUGUUGAUUAUUACAAAUUCAAAGUCCACUGGGGUUCCUGAAUUAGAGCUAAAUACAACAACUGCAUUUGUGAAAAUAAACAUUAAAGGACACAAGUGUUUGGCCCCUUAAAAAACAAUUGUAACCCUUCCAUAACUCAAAAUGUAUAACAUACACAUGUUAUUUUAGGGUUAAAAGUACACUUACUAAAAGCCAUCAUAUUACUCCAGCUGCUCACUGGAACAUGACGAGGAUAACAAGCCUUAGAAACCUCAAACUUUGUAAUAUUAAUAUUGAGUUAUCAAACUAUGGCAAUAUCAGAUUUCUGUUUGCCAAUAUGCUUUUUAAUAUUUUAGUGUUUGUUACAAACACGUCAAUAUGUUUACUCUAUCGUCAAACUUGGGGCAUUGGUCUGUCAUUCUAUACAACGGUGUACAAAAUUCCACUCAAGCUUUGCAGUUUAUUUUUGUGAUUUAUGUCAGUUUGUCAAAAAUGUUUUUGGUACAGAUUAGGCGGGUCAACAUGACGACAAACUGACCGUACCCACAAAAAUGAACCAACCUGCUUUGGAUAGAAAUGUGGUGCUUGUUUUAGAUAAAUAUGAAAAAAGCUUUGUGAAUAGAGGCCCUGGAACGGAAGUCUACCUUUCCAUUAUACGUAAAGAAACUUGAGAUUUAAGCGGGACAUGGUAUCUAUUGGGUGCAUUUUGUGUACAAAAACAAAUGUUACAUACACAUCUCUAAAAGCAAAAAAAAUUAUGUUUUUUCAUGUUUUAUAUCGGAGUGAUCAGCAUGUUCUUUACAGACUUUUGAUGGGUUUUAGCCUCAUUUGUAAUCCCGUGUCUCGAAGUAAAGGCUACAGCACGUGCUCACUAUAUAGAGAAAAUAUUGUAAAAUCAGCUUAACCCCCAAUCUUUGUAAAGCUAACUAACUGUGUGCUGAAUCUGGGGGCUGGUUUCCUGGAGAGAUAUUAAAUCUUGAAUAUGUUCUUCCUUCCUGUUGAGGACCUCAGUUAAUUUAUAGUCAUUUCUUUCUAUCAGCUGGGAGUUUUUGCAAACAACCUUAGACCAGCCCCUAAUGACGAAAACUGCAUCAUGUUUUACAUCAAAAUAUUGUUCUUUAGUCAAUGUCAAGACGAAUUGUCCAAUGUUUUAGACUAACUAUGAAAUGGGAUGUUUUAUUUCAUGAAUUUGAAGGUUUCCUAAACGACUUGUCAGAGCAACGGAUAUCUUUCUGAGUCCUCUAAAUUUCCUCAGUGUUUGCUGAACAUUAGCAGUAUUUAAAAAAAAUCUAUUGCGACAAGGAUUACACAAAGACGUCCUGCCAUUUGGCUUUUGUUUGCGUAUGUGCCAUUCUGUACAGUAUAUCACACUCCUUGUGAGCUCACUCUCCCUUUUUGUUUAUUAGACCUUGGGGAUUUUUUGUGUAACUAAACAGGGGUCAUGUUGGCUGAGGGUGUAAAUAUAAACAUUGAUAACGAACCUUCAUGAAACUUACGAAACAAUGUACAUACUGUAGGUAGAAAUGUCAUCAUACAAUUGCAGCAAUAUGAUUUGUGAAUAAGCCUUAAUUGGUGUGUCAGUAAAUUCAAAUUACAUCAUUGGCAGAGGCUCCAUUGCAAACCAAAAUCAUUUUCCAUUGUAGAUUCCCCCAUUUUUAAGUUUGUGUGCCAUUUUGUAGCAGGAAGCCGGUGAUGUUUCAGCUUAGACUGCACGCUUACGACUUGUAAUUCAUUUGUUGCUUCAAAUAUUGAAUGUAAUAGCAAUUUGGUUUUAUGACAAUAAUACAUAUACGUUGAACAAUAGAGGUGAUGUUUAAUAAUAAAGGAUGAAAUCAAUUUUCCAUUUUAAAAAGGAAAACUCAAUAAGUGACUUUAAAUAAAGGAAACAUUUGAACCUGG